GCCUUUCAGCCAAACGGCAGUCGAACUUUUGGCACUUUAACGUGACGUCCAGUGCAAACUCGGGCCGGUGACCAUCCUAAGCACCGCCCUUGUUCUGUCGCGCCUUGUCUUGAUCUGACCUCCCCGUCUGACCCUUUCCUAUUUGCAGAUCCCUCCCCCGAACACAUUCCCCCCCGGUUGUUCGGUUGCUGCACCCUCUCUUCGACCCGCGGUCUGCGAAGCGAACUUGCGCCGGUCGGAGGCGGCAUAUAUCCAUCAGCUGCGAUUCAGUACUCUUACACCUCAACAUCGAAUCCUCCGUCUCUAUCGCGGUCAUGAUUCCCCAAUCCGUUCGACGGGUUGUGGCUGCCGCGCCGCAGUCGCCCGUUGUCUCCUCUCUGGCAGCCUCGUCCGCCCCUCGCGCCGGCGCCUCCUAUAUACUCUCGUCCUAUCAGCCCAAUGCCCUGCAAAAGCGACGAUACUCUUCCUCCAAGCCGUCCAGCCCCGAUGACGGUUCCUCCCGGGCCUUCGCUGCCCGCGCCUCUGUGCCCGCCGCCGGCACCUCCAAGACUCCUGGAGAGAAGCGCAAGCGCAAGGCGAAGGAGCCGGUCAUGCCGCCACUCCCCAGCGUGCCCAGCACCAGGCAUAUCAAGGACGAGGCGCUCGCCCUUUCAACGUUCUUCGCCCUCCACAGGCCGAUUUCAGUCACUCAACUUCUUCCCAAGACCGUGACCGAGGAGUCAUUCGCCGAGAUCUUCAACCACCGCAAGGGACACAAGGCGACCGAUGUCCUUUCGACCUUGUCGCAGGCCGUACACGAUCUUGAGUCGCCCAUGUCUGGGCUUAGGCUCUCCGAUAACGAUGUCGAAGACGGCUCUACCAAGAUCAGCCUGAAGCACCCCGACGGCACCGAGUCCGAUGUCUACUUUCAGCUAAACUCCAUGUCCGGCCACUUCCUUCCCUUCAACCCUCCUCCGCCGCCGGAGCCCAUCGCUGAGGUUGACGAGGCCGCUGCGGAGGCCGAAGCCUCUGCUGCUAUCGCCGAGGAGAUUGCCGCCACCGCCGAGCAGGAGCCGGAAACGCGCGUGUACAAGGCGGUUGUCACGAUUGAGGAGACAAGGGAUACCAACGGCCAGUACAAGAUCAUGGCGCACAGCCCACAACUCGUCGAGGACGAUGCUGUGCAGCCGCGCAGCUUCCUGGAGCGCCUCGCCCUGCGCCAGAUUCGCUAUGAGGAAGCUCGCCAGCAGCAGGGGAUCAUGCAUGCUAUCAGCGUGCGCAGGCAAAAGAAGCUGAAGAUCAAGAAGAAGAAGUACAAGAAGCUCAUGCGCAGGACAAGAAACGAGCGUCGCAAGCAGGAUAGACUCUAAACCACGCAAGGGUUAAUCCGGGCGGUAGAUGCUUAUUUUCUUUUUCUAUACCUCACCUGCAAUGUACAAUAUCUGCUCCAUAUACACACGCUCACGCUGACUAACCACCAGGUGCCUCGUUAUCCAGUGAUCAGUGUGCACUGUUUGAAAGCUUCAUGACUACACUUGCUUAGAAUCUUAACGGGGAUGUUUUGUUGGUUGGCUUCAGUUUCUUCGGUGCCAGCAUAUUUGCACUUUAAAGAAGAUAAAAGAGGCAAGCUCUGUUGGUUAAGUUGUAGGUAUCAGUCGUAAGUAGUAGAAGAGGUCAAUAUCCUGUCAAAAUACGCUUUAUAGACUCCGUGUAACAGCUUUGAUAUAUGUGU